AAAAAGAAAAAAGAAACACUAACCCUAAAAUAAACCCUCACAGGUAUAAAUACAACUUUCCAAUACCAUUUCUUCUUCUUCACCAUAUAGCUGCGCUUCACUCUGUAACCCUAAUCUGCAGAACCUGCUUCAAUGGGGAAGGGAACAGGGUCCUUCGGUAAGCGCAGGAACAAGACCCACACUCUCUGUGUGAGGUGUGGCCGCCGCAGUUUCCAUCUCCAGAAGAGUCGCUGCGCCGCGUGCGCUUUCCCCGCCGCACGCAAGAGGAAAUAUAACUGGAGUGUCAAAGCGAUCCGAAGAAAGACCACCGGAACUGGCAGGAUGAGGUACUUGCGUAACGUGCCUCGCCGGUUCAAGAGCGGAUUCAGAGAAGGGACUGAAGCUGCACCCAGGAACAAGGGAGCAGCAGCUACUGCUUAAGACUUUCGAGGAUCGUUGUUUUGCUUUGCUGGGUACUGAGUUAUAGAAUUAGACAUUUUGUUUUUGCUGGGGACAAGUCUCUUAGAACAUUUGUUUUUUGCAGCCUCAUUCCUUCAAUUAACUUGUACUUGGCUUUGUGUUUCAACAUGAUUAUAAGACUUUUUGAUUGCCCGGUUGGAUUGUAUGACAUUUAUAGUUUUGGUGUUAAAUGGUUCUCUUUGGGAAA